AUGGCCGCACAUGACAAAGUACUCAAGGCCAGAUCUUCCUUCGUUAUUGAGAACGAUGGCAUAUCUAUAAUGCCUCAUGCCGGCCUGAUCAGGAACAAGGUCUUCCCGCACCGCAUCCGAGCGCUCCUGUGUAAGACGAUGCACGACGCGUAUAAGGUUGGCCAGUAUUGGGACCAAAUUUCCACGUUGGGGGGAAGGGGACUGUGCGCCAAAUGUGAAAUACCUAAAACCAUGGCCCACAUACUCUUCAAAUGUCAGGCGUCGGCCCAACAACACGCCUGGGACAUUCCUUCGGAGCUAUGGGCGCUGAGAAUCAUGCCUUGGCCUCAACCCACCCUGGGGUUGGUCCUGGAUGCAAACCUGGUGACUGUCAAGGACACCAAGGGGCGGCACCUCCAAGGCGCCUCCCGCCUCCUUACACCGAUACGGGCGCUUAAGCCUCAAGAAAAAACUGGUUGGUGGGAAAUUCUUGCGGACAGAAAUGGGCUGCAGGAAGAUUGGAUCCGGCAAACCCGGGUUUUAGUGGGUGUGGGUUGA